AUGGGUUGGCCCGUGAACGGAUCCGCGGAGCUCCACGUGAGGAGACGGGGGUUGAUGCAGUACGGUUGCAAAACCGUUGGAAUCUUCCACAAGAGCAAGUUCACGGCCAACGAUGCGAUGAGCAUUUCCACUGCGACACUCACUGCACAAGAAGUAGGAGAGCAACGCCAGCAAGGCCGCAGCGCCAUGGAGGCGGAUACCAUCGUGCUGCAGCCUCUGCCCUCGGUGCAACGCUCACCGAGUCGAAGCUCGAUCUGCAAAGCACAUCCCGCCAUCGACCCAAUCGGCGAGCUUGAGAUCCCAGAACCAGAAGCGAUCGGAGCAGACGAAGCCACAAACGAUGCCGGAGACGAGUCGUUCGGCGCCAUCCCCGCCUCCGGACCCAGCGAUCUCGACGGCAAAGGAACGCUGUUGCUCGCCAUCCAGCAUGCGUCUUCUUCAUGGGGAUUCCGCUCUGCCGAGUUCGCCUAUCCACUCAUGAUGGUCCAACUCUUCACAAACACGUUGCUGCCCGCCUCGGUCUACGGCUUUGUCACUACCGCAGGCGCCAUCCUCUUUUCCAACAACAUUGGUCGGCUCAUCGAUACGUAUGCGCACAUCAAGCUGCGGACGCUGCGCGCCAUGAUCCUCUCGCAAAAGCUGCUCGUCGGUGCCUCUUAUGGUCUCUUUCUCGUGCUCUUUUCGUCUUCUGCACUCAAAUUGGAGGCAGAGAACGGUGGAAAGGGACCAGAAGAUACAGCGGCAAAUGCUAAGCCGUGGAUCAUCUUUGGUGCCAUCACGCUGCUCGGGAUUGGCGUGAUGCUGUCCAACGUCGGAGUCAGUGUCGGCGUGGAGAGGGAAUGGGUCACUAUCAUCAGCGACGGAUCAUCGGCUAGACUCACCCGUCUCAAUGCGAUCAUGCGCAGGAUCGACCUUAUCUCUAAACUCGUCAGUCCCCUCUUCGUAUCCGCACUCACAUCGACUGUGAGCUACAGGUUGGCUGCGGUGGUGCUGCUCACGGUCAACGCCGUCACCGCUGUCUUUGAGCUUGUCUUUGUGGGGACAGUGUACCGCAGAUUUCCUUCGCUUGCAGCAGACGAAAAGGCCGUCAUUGCGAGGAGGCAAGCUGCUGCCGAGGCGAGCACGCACAGAUCCACUUCCAACGAGCGAGCUACAGAUGGCCGGAGGGGAAAGACACGUGUUGCACAGCUUGUGGACAGAUUGACCAAGUCGAUCCUCGACGACGUCAAGCAACAGUAUCGCGACUGGAAACUCUUUGUGCGGCUACCGAUCUUCCUCACUUCACUGUGUAUUUCGCUGCUCUACAUGUCAGUGCUUUCGUUCGACCCGACGUUCAUCGCCUAUCUCAAAUCAGAGACGCUCUACAGCGAUGCGUUCAUUGCCGGCAUGCGGGCCGUGGGGGUCGUGACGGGCUUGAUCGGUACGUUUCUCAUGCCAAUCAUGGAGAAGCGGAUUGGACUGGUACGGACGGGCUCGUACUCGCUCUUUGCCGAGCUGAUUCCUCUGGUGCCCGCCGUGGUCUCGCUCUGGAUCACCGGCUCGCCACGGGACAGGUUCGGGUUAUCGGACAAGCGACGACCCAGCUGGAAUACGGGGUUGCUGUUCUCUGGUCUGGCUCUGUCGAGGAUCGGGUUGUGGGCGUUUGACUUGACUCAGCUUGCGAUGAUCCAGACGGCGUUAUCCCCCGAACAGCUUGGUGCCGAUGCCAACCGCAAGAACGCGCUCAUGGCGUUGCAGUUCUCGCUGCAAAACGUGUUUGACUUGGGUCAUUACGGGUUGACGCUUGGGUGGAACAGGCCGCAGGAGUUCAAGUAUGCUGCGACAGUGUCUCUGGCAGCAGUGGGUGCAGCGACGGUGAUCUACCUCGUCUUUUACGCACGCAGAGUUCGCGGACAUAUCGUCCACCUCGAGGGCUUGCAGCGCUUGCUCAGUAGGAAGGAGCGUUGA